AUGGCGGCAAAGAUAAUAGCGAACCUCAUUGUGCUGGGCUCAGGCAUUGUCAUCCGGGCCUUCACUCAGGCCUACCAGCAAGCACUGACCAAUGCUUCUCGCAGUGGGGUGGCGCAAGAAGCAGCAGCAACGGCAUCGCGGCGGCUAUCCAAAGUGAUGUCAAUCCAGGAGGCACGGAUGAUUUUGGGGGUCACUGAGGAGACGCCCUGGGAGCAAGUGCUGGAGAAGUAUCAACGGCUAUUUGAGCGCAAUGAGAAGAUGGGAUCAUUCUAUGUUCAAAGCAAGGAUGGGGGUGAAGGAGGAGUCUCCGAGCUUCUCGCUCGGUUUCGACAGAACAAAACGCGCGAGCCCGCCCCAGCCGAUGCCUCGACGGCUGUAACUCCCAAUCCCUUCAAAGUGCACCUGCGGCACGCAGGCGAGCACCAUGAAGCCCACCCGCCGGAGAAAGAAGAGGACGAGGAGGAUCGGAAGAAGGAGAAGAAGGAAAAGAAAGAGAAGAAGGAGAAGAAGGAGAAAAAGGAAAAGAAAGAGAAGAAAGACAAGGGGGGUGGAGAAGAGGAGGAGGAUGAGAAGAAAAAGGAGAAGAAGGAGAAGAAGGAGAAGCACAAGGAGGAACUUCAUGCUGCGCAUGAGGAGACAGCGAAAGCAAAGGCAGAGCUGGAGGAGCUGCGAGGCCAGCACGAAAGGCUCGAGGCGCAGCUGAAGGAGCUGACGCAGCAGCAGGAAGCCAAGGAUGCGGCGGCGCGCUCAGGAGCGGAAGCAGAGGCGGAAGCUGCAGCGCUGCGGGGACGGCUGAGUGAGGCGCAGGCGGAGGUCAAUGCGGCGCAAGAGAAGCUCAGUGCGCUGCAGGAGGAGCUUUCCACCGUGCAGGGGGAGCUAUCUGCGGCCAAGGAGGAGUUAUCCACUGCGCAGGGGGAGCUGAGCAGUAUGCGCGUGCAGCUGGAAGAGGCGCAGGCGGAAGGAGAGGCCCUGCGCAAGGCAGAGGGAGAGAUGAAGGAUGAGGUGGAGAGAGUAAAGGAGGCAGCGACAACAGCGCAGCAGCAGCUGGAGCAGCAGCUGGCAGCGAAAGACGCAGAGAUGCAGCAGCUGCAGGCGGACGUCAAGGAUCUGCAGAAGAAGCUGGAGGAAAGCAGCAAGCAGGCCAUUGACGGGGGAGGGCUGGCAGAGGCGCGUGUGGACGAUGGAGCAGCAGGAGCUGAUUCAGCAGCGGCGUUGAAGGCAGCUGAAGCAGAGUUGGCGCGGCUGAGGGAGGAGGUGAGCGACUGGAAGGAGCAUGCGGCGGAGAUGGCUAGGGGAAAGCUGGAGAGGGAGAGCGCAGCAGAAGCUGAGCAAGAGCAGCGCCAGCUCCUGAACUACCUCUUCCAUUCCCUCUCUCCCACCCUUCCUGUACUCUGCAUCUUCUGUUGGCUGUUGGAGUGUUUCAUACGGUGCUCAAGCCGCCUCCCUUCCCAUUUCCCGCCUGUCGCCUUCCGCCUUCGGCCUCGCCCCAUCCUUUCGUGCCUCUUACAGGAGCAACAGCUUCAGGAGGCGAAGCGAGAGAUGGAGGAACUGCGGCAGCGGAGCCAGCCAGGGGAAAUUGAUGCAGGGACAGCAGGUGUUCCGCUGCAAGUGUCAGGUUCAACUGAAGAAUUGGAUAGAGCAGGGGAGACAGAAGAAGGUUCAGGAGAAGGGGAAGUAAAAGAAGUUACAAUAGCAGGAGGGGUGAAUGAGGCAGGAGGGCUCGGGGAGGGCGCGGAGGCGGAAUGGAGGCGGCGCUUGGAGGAGCUGGAGGGGCAGCUGAGGGCAGCAGAGGCACGCGCAGCCUCUCUGGAAGCAGCUGUGGCGGCUGGCGGGGGAGAGGCGCAGGUCAGUGCUGAGCUCACUGGUGACGAUGGUGGGAAGAAUGAAGAGGAGAGAGAGCGAAGUGUUGACGAUGGUGAGAGUGCUGACCAGCCUGCGAGUGCAGAAGAAGGGGAGGAUGUGGAGGUGGCAGAUGGGGAGGGGGAGGAAGCAGUAGGUGAGGGCGGGUGCAAGGAUGAAUUUGAGAUGAAGCCACGUGCAAUCCGUGCAAGUGCGUCUGCAGAAGGUAGGCAGGAGUUAGACCUGGCAGGCGCGAUGGCGCUGGUGGAGGAGCUGGAGAUGGAGCUGGAGGCAUCGCGCGUGGAGGUGCAGCAGCUCAAGGACGCGGGCGAAGAGCUGCAGGCCAAGGUGGAGGCGCUGGAGGAGGAGAAGGAGGAGGUGGCGCGCGAACUGGAGAUCACGAGCGAGGACCUGCGCAAGGAGAGGGACCUGGCGGCGGAGGCAGGGCUGGUGGCCGAGGAGGAGUGGCGGAAGAGACAGGAGGCUGAGCGCGCUAAGAAGGAGCUUGAGAGAGAGCUGGCUAAGAAGGGAGGCAAUGCUGGCACCGGUGGCGUUGGUGGCGGUGCCGGGUCUGCAGCACAGGGGGGCCACAAGGAAGGGGAGGAUGGGGCGGGGAAGAAGGAAGGUGCGGAGCAUGGCAAGCAGGGGGGUGGUGGGGGUGGAGAUGGGGCUGGAGGCGGGCAGGAUGGGGACGAUGGGAUGCACGAGCCGUCAGCGGAGGUGUGUCAGGUGAAUCUGAAGCUGGAGCUGUCAGAGAUGCGUCGCGAGGCACAGGGGAUGCGCCUCAACCUGCACAACUCCAAGCUCGCCCUCGCCGCUGCCGAGGCAGAGGUUGUUCGGCUGACGGUGCGCGUGGCGUUUGGGCGCGUGCUGCUGCAGCUGGUGUCACGGUCGCGAGAGAUGCAUGAGGAUGAGCUGAUCAUGGCCACACGCAUGGUGGAAGAGGCCAAGGUGAGGGAGAGCGCAGUGGAGCGCAACCUCUUCUCUCUGCUUAAUGAGGUUGCUCGCCUGAUCAAGGAGCAGCAGAUGCAGGCCAAGAACAACGGAGCCACAUACCUCAAGUAUAAGAUAGGCCCGGCGGAGAUCGAGGUAGUGAAGGAGGACCUGAGGCAGCUGGUGCGGUGGGUGCAGACCAAGGCGACGCUGGCCGAGAAGGGGCGCCAGAAGAACAGGGCUGCACGCGUGGGUGCUGCAGGCGUGGCAGACGCAGCGGCAGCCACUGCAGCUGCAGCAGCUGCUGCCAAUGCUGCAGCGACACGCGCGACUGUAGAGGCGGUGAGGCGGGGCGGGGUCGCAGGGUUGGUUGGGGAGAGUGGGCGGGACCCGGGGGUGCAUGGGGGUCCCGAGAUGGUGGUGCAGCUGGAGAGGGAGCUGGAGGAGGCGAAGGCGCGGUCAGAGGAGGCAGAGAAGCUGCACGCCAUGGUGGAGGGCGUGCGGGAGAAGGAGAGGCGCACGCGCGAGGAGGUGGAGAGAGAGCUGCGCGCAGCACAGGCUAAAGUGGCGGAGGCGGAGAUGAUGGUGCAGCAGGUGGACGCCCUGCGCAACACAGCCUCCGUGCUCGCUUCGGAGCUGUCGGAAGAAGUGAAAGAGUCCAAGGUUAAGAUGCUGGAGGCGGAGGAGGUGGAGGGGCGCAUCACUGCACUCGAGGCCACUGAGAAUGUCAUCAAAGCGGAUCUCGAGGUGAAGAGCCUGCGGCUGAGGGAGAUAGACCGCGACUACCCGUACCUCAUGGCGCAGGUGGCAGCAGACGGUGUGCCUGCCAAGCCGCGUGGCUCGAUCUUUUCCCUGGGGCGAAGCUCAGCAGAGGCUGCGGCGGUGGCGGCGGCGUCGGCAGCGGCGAAGGAGAGGAAGCGGCUGCUGGAUGAGAUCCGUGUGAUGCGCGAGCAGCUCAUCUGGACGCAGGGCUCGCUCACCAAGAGCCGCCAGCGCCUGCCUGAGCUCUACCAGGAGGCGAAGGAGUGUCGGCGCAAGGUGGAGGAGAAGGAGAAGGAGCAGAAGCGUGUGCGGCAGUGGCUGGCAGAGCACGAGCCUAUCAUUGCAGCCAACCAGGCCAGGCAGGCUCAGACCGCUGCUGCUGCUGCUGCCCUUGCUGCCUCCGCUCCUCCUCGCACUGCUCCUGCUCGUGCUUCUGCCCCUGCCCCUACUCCUGCUCCUGCGCCUGCGCCUGUUCCUGCUGCUAGUUUGGGCGGGUGGGGUUUCUCUAGUGACUCCAGCCAUAGUGCUGCCAGUGGUGCUGGUGGUGGUAGUGGUGGUGUGCCUCUGCCUGCUCACUUGGCAAGUGCACGAGUGGUGGUGCCAUCAGCCACGAGCUCUGUGGGCGCUGCUGUGGCCAAUGCUGCUCACGUCGCAGCAGCCAUGGCUGCCGCAGCAGCAGGGGCGGAUGAGAGCCGUACAAGGAGCAGCAGCACGUGGAGCUGGUGGAAGAAGAAGGAGGAGCCGGAGCAUGUGGAGGAGGAGUUUGAGGAGCCAGCGCGAGAGCAGAUCAUCAUGCUGCCACCGCUCACCAACGACAGUGUGCUCUCCAGUGCCAUUGCUGCCUUCGCCAAAGCCAACAGCACCACCAAGAUUUCCCCUCUUCAAACACCCUCGCCUCCUCCCCCCACUCCUUCGGGUCCACCCCCCAUGGCCCACGGUAUGCCCCCGCCUGCCCUUCCCACUUCGCCUCCUCGUGCUUCUGCUGAUCCAUCCUCCCCUCCCGCUACGUUACCAUCAUCUCCCCCCUCUGCAACGCCGGGAGCAAGUGAAGGAGAGGGGCGCAAGGUAGAGGAAACGGAGGAAGACGAGGUGGAUGCAGAUAGAUGCGAGGGUGGCAAGGUGGAGGAGGCAAAGGAAGAGGAGGAGGAAAGCAUGGAGAUUGGAAGCAAGGAUGAGGAUGCACCACUGCAAACGGUAGAGGCAGGUGAUGAUCCAGCUCCACAGCAGCCUCCUGAUGUAGCUGAUGCUGUACAAGGAACAGAGGGAGAGGCGGAGGCAGGGGCAGAAGCAGAGGUAGGGGCAGAGGCAGAGGCAGAGGUAGGGGGAGAGGCGGAGGUAGGGGCUGAGGCAGAGGUAGGGGGAGAGGCAGAGGUAGGGGGAGAGGCGGAGGUAGGGGCUGAGGCAGAGGUAGGGGCAGAAACGGAGGCGGAUGCAGGGACACAGUCGGAGGCGGAGGCAGAGGCGGGGGUGGAAGGGGAGGCAGGGGCAGAGGCGGAGGCAGAGGCGGAGGCAGAAGGAAAGGCAGAAAGAGAGGUGGUUGCAGAGGCUGAGGCGGAGGCAGAGGCGGAGGCAGAGGCAGAGGCAGAAGAAAAGGCAGAAAGAGAGGUGGUUGUAGAGGCAGAAGUAGAGGCAGCGACACAAGGAGAAACAGAGGCGGAAGCGGAGGCAGAGUUUGAUGAAUCAGUUGCUCCAAUUCAAGCUGCGACUGAGGUUGGCACAGCAGUGGAUGCAACUGUGGCAGGCGUCUUGGAGCCAGUGGAUAUUGCCACGGAACAGGCACAACCGCUUCUCGCUGAUGAUGCUCAAGAUGUCACUGUCGCCACGCACACUGCACCUGCUGUAGUCUCUGAGCCAACACGGUCAGAGCAGGAGAGCCAGUGUGAGCACGCCCCUGCUGCCUCCCUUGCAGCUGUUGAGUCUCCUCCAGGUAGUGAUGCUGCCGUUCGCUGUGCCGAGGCUAUGACAUUCGAUCAGGCAGAGCUGGAUGUGGUGGAAGAGGAGCAAGCAGAAGGGCUAUCAGAUGCCUCUGCUGCUCACACCCUUGAUGCAGCUGGGCAUGGUCAGACUGUGCAUGAGGCAGAGGCAGCUGCAUCUCCAAGUGUGUUCGUAGGAGGCGAGGAGGUGGAGAGAGAAGCGGCUGAUGAUGUAGCUGCCUUGCAUGCACCUGCUGUGGCUGACUCCCUUCCGGCGCAUGCUGCUGAGGGUGAUGAAGUGGCAGUACAUGAUGCCCCUGCGUCCAGCACCGCUGAUCGGGACAUGGCCACAGCGGGAGAGAGCGAGGUUGUUGGUGAAUUGGCAUUGGGAGGGGAAGAGGGGCAGCAGGUGGCAACACCUGGAAUGGAGGAGGAAGGGCGUGUUGGUGGGAGUGCUCCUGUUGCCACACUGACUGAGGGGGGUGUAAGCCAAGAUGGGGCAGAGGAGGAGGUUGUGAAGCUGGCGGGGAAUGCAGGGGAGCAGAGCAGUGGAGCUGAUGAGCACGCAUCACCGUCGUCUUUUUCACCACCAGCCGCAGCGUUCAUCCGUGCGGAGCCUCGCUGCCAGAAAAACCUUCCCCAGGAUCCCCUCCUCGUCCUUCCCGCUCCCCGGCUACCGUCACCUCGCUCCGCACCUUACCCCUUUCCGCGCGGUCGUUGCCGGCAGUGGCAGCGCGAAGCAUGCAUGGGUCGACCGGGGUCAGCCCAGGAGGGUGUGAAAGGAGCAGGAGCAGGGGCGGGAGCAGCAACAGGAGGAGGCGAUGGGGGAGAGAGUGAUGCGGCCGCUGCUGCCGCUGAGCUGGGGGAGCAGGCAGCGGUGGCCGUGGGGCUCAAGCCGCGGGGGCUGCUGCCUCUUGAGCGGUUGGAGUUCAGGGACCUGCUGCGGCGCAAGGGAGCCAUGGCGGGUUACUUGCAGUGCCGCAACAUGGUGCUGACGGCGUGGUACGCGGACGUGUCCCAGUCGCUGCCCCUCGCGGCCUUUGGCGUGCCGUGCAUGCCGCUGCCGGGCGAGCCCGCGUGGCAUGGCGUCAUGCGCCACGUGUACUCGUUCCUCAACGACAAGGCCUUCAUCAAUCUCUGCAAGGCUGGAGACCUCCCCGCCUCGCCAGCCCCCUGCUGCCUCUGUACCCCGGCAGCACCAGCAGCACCACCAGUAGCAGCAGCAGACAAGCCUCCAACCACCCUCUCCCCAGCAUCGCCAACCCCCUCUCUGCACGGGCGGCGAGUGGUGGUGGUGGGCGCGGGGCCGGCAGGGCUGACAGCAGCACGGCACCUGGUGCGGCUGGGGGCGCGCGUGGUGGUGCUGGAGGCGAGGGAGCGCGUGGGGGGGCGAGUGCACACAGACUGGACUUCCCUCUCCGUGCCUGUGGACCUAGGCGCCAGCAUCAUCACAGGCGCCGCCCCUGACCUACACGACAACCUCCCCCCGGACCUCUCCGCGCUGCUGUGCCAGCAGGCGGGGCUGCCGUGUGUGGUGUUGAGAGAGGCGUGCCCGCUGUACGACGCGGUGCGCGGGGGCAGGGUGGCGGCGGACGUGGAUGCGCGCGUGGAGCGCCAGUUCAACCGCCUGCUGGAUGAUCUUGCGGGGGUGGCGGCGCAGCAGGGGCAGGGCGCCGUGCACAUGUCCAUGGCGCAGGGCGUCAUGCAGACGCUGGGAGAGGCGUUUGGACGGGAGAACCUGGUGGGCGUGCAUGGGUCGCUGGUGGAGGGGCAGGGGCUCGAGCGGGUGCUGGUGCAGGGGGAGGGUGGAGGGGACGGGGGGAAGGGCGGUGGUGGAAGGGAGGCGCGCGCAGAGGGGUUUGGCGGAAAGAGAGGGGUGGGAAGCAAGGACGGGGCGGGCAGGGGCGGAAUGAAGGUGAUGGCGGCUGAACUGGCGAGCAGGGAUAGCUUGGGUAGCAGGCAGAAGAACGGUGGGGACAGUAAUGGUGGCGGCGGUGGUGCGCUUGAUGCUGCCGUGUGUGGGGGUGGAGCGACAGCACUGAGUAUCAUUACGGGUGGCAAGUGGAACGGCGCUGCUACACCUGCUGUGGUGGAUGGCAGUGGUGCUGCAGAGGACGGAGGGGGCGGUUGUGAGGGCCUUGCGGCACAGGCCGUCGUGGGGAUGAAGGAGAAAGGUGAGAUGAAGGAGAAAGGUGGGAUGAAGGAGAAAGGUGGGAUGAAGGAGAAAGGUGGGAUGAAGGAGAAAGGUGGGAUGAAGGAGAAAGGUGAGAUGAAGGAGAAAGGUGAGAUGAAGGAGAAAGGUGAGAUGAAGGAGAAAGGUGAGAUGAAGGAGAAAGGUGAGAUGAAGGAGGAGCAGCAGGAUAUUGUUGAUGGUGGCCUGGAGACAAUGGGUGGGGUACAUGAGAAGCAGGGGAUGGGAGACGAAGUGGAAGGGAGAGAGGAUGGGAAGGAGAGUGGAGAAGGAAAGGAGGAGAAGGAGGAGGAGGAGGAGGAGGAGGAGACGGUGGGCAUGGUGGAUAAGGAAGGCAAGGGCGAGUGGGAGGCGGAGUUGAAGAAGGAAAGUGCAGAUGGGGAGGGAACGGUACAAGUGGAGACGGAUGGAGAGGAGGGUGGUCAGGAGAAAGCACAAGAGGGGCAGGAGAGAAAAAAAGAGGGGCAGGAGAAAACACAAGCGGAGCAGGUGAUGAAACAAGAGGGACAGGAGAAGGAAAGCCAAGAGGGGCAGGAGAAAACACGAGAUGGGCAGGAGAAAACACAGGAACAAACACAAGAGGGGCAGGAGAAGAAAAUCCGAGGGGGGCAGGAGAAAACACGAGUGGGACAAGUAGAAACACAAGAAAGGCAGGAGAACUCACAGGAGGAGCAGCAGGCAGCAAAGGAGGGAGCGAGGGCAGUAGUCACGAGUGUAAGUGAAGCGACGGGUGUAAUGAGCCAUGCUGGUGAGGGUGGCGCCGAGGAGCCUUGUGCAUUCCCCUCCAUGGGCCGUGGCGGGGAGAGCGAGGGGCAGCAGGGGACUGGAGAUGCGUCUGUAAUGGGAGAGGAGAGGGAGGGUGGCAUGUGUGACAGCGGUGGUGGGGAUGUGCAGGACAGCAGGGAGGGUGGUUGUGGAAGCAUGGAAGGGUGUGGCGGAAUGGUGCAAGGCAAGAGCGACUCUGCUGAAGGGCUGCGGUGGAUGGGGAAGAGGAAGCGAGCAGGGCUGGAGCCAACGGAAUCAUUGGGUGGGCAAGGAGGGCAGGAGGCAGUGAGAGCGCGAGGGAUGGUGGUGCAGAGGGAGAGGAGCAGCAAGAGGGCGAGGAGAGGCGAGGGGGAGGAGGGGAGGGCGGGCAAUGGAGAGACGACAGAGGCAACGGCAGAGGCAGGAGGGGGAGGAGGUGGUGUUGUGAAGGAGGAGCUGCAUGGGUUAGGGAGUCAUACGGGUGAGAGGAGCGAGCGUGGGGAUGCAGACAAGAGUGGGGAGAGUGGGAGGGGUGCAGGGGGCAUGGAGGUGCGGACGAGGGCUCAAGUGAGGCGCGCAGAGAGGCUCAAGGCGGAGCAAGAGGCGUGUGGGGCAGUGAGGGCGGACCUGCAUGGGAAUGGGGAGGACGGAGGAACGCGGGUGAGUGGAAGCAGCAAGCAGCAUGGCGCGGUGAAGGUAGAUAGUGCGAUGGGGCACGACGUGCACGGGGCGGGGGAGUCUGGGAAGGGAGGAAGGGAUGAGAAUGGACGUGUGCUGCAGGGUGGGGAGCAGGAGCAGGAGAGGGCGAGAGGGCCCGUGACUCGCCGGCAGAGCAGGGGCGCUGUGGAGAGAGAGCAGCGCAGCAGAGAGAGCAGCAGGGAGAGACAUGGCGCAGGGGAGCAGGGCAGGGAGGCAGUAAAGAGGGGAACGAGUGCGCAGGCAGGGGGGGCAGUGAGGGCUGGCAGGCUCCCUGGUGAACAAUCGUCAGAGAGGGGUGUGAAAAGGGAGGGAGGAGGGAAGGGCGCGGAGGCGAGGGGCAGCAGCAGCAAGGUGGUGAGGGACGUGCGGAGGCGGUCCAUUGCCGACCUGGUGGCCGUGCUGGAUAGCAAGGAGGAGGGCGCACUGGGGGAGAGCGGGCAGAGCCUUAACAGGCGGGACCAGGAGAGGAGGGACGUGGAGCGGCGGGUGCUGGGGUGGCACUUUGCGAACCUGGAGUACGGCUGUGCCACGGACCUCACACGCCUGUCGCUGCCCUUCUGGAACCAGGACGACGCGUUUGGGGGGUUUGGUGGGCCGCACUGCAUGGUGAAGGGCGGGUUUGCGCGCGCCAUGGCGCAGCUGGCUCAGGGCGUGGACGUGCGCCUGGGGCAGCCUGUCACUGAGGUCGCUUGGGGGGGGGAUGCGGGCGUGCACAGGGCUGGGGCAGCGGCGGGCAGCACGGAGGUAGUUGCUGACAUGGAGCAAGAGAUGAAGGCGGUAGGCACACAGGAGACUCACUCACACACCAACGGACAUGCAACGGCCACAGCAGCAGCAACGGCAGCAGCAGCAGCAGCAGCAGUGCGAGUGACGACGGCGUCAGGAGAGGUGUUCCCGUGCGACGCAGCGCUCAUCACAGUACCUCUAGGGUGCCUCAAGGCCGGCGCCGUGGCCUUCUCACCGCCGCUGCCCACAUGGAAGGCACGGGCCAUCGAGCGGCUGGGGUUUGGGACGAUCAACAAGGUGAUUCUGGAGUUUGAGCGCGUGUUCUGGGACCCCCAUGUCGACUACUUUGGUGCUGUCGCCCCCCCACACCCCUCGCAGCGCGGCAACUGCUUUCUUUUCUGGAACUUGCAGCGCACCUGCGGUGCUCCUGUGCUGGCUGCGCUUGUUGUGGGGCGUGCUGCCAUGGCCAUGGAGGGCCGCGGGGAGGGGGAUGGACGGGCGGAGGGGACGGGGAUGGAUGGAGCUGGGAAGGAGAAGGGGGACGGUGGAGGCGAGGGGGCGGUGGGACGAGGGCGGGGGAAGGAGGAGAGUGGUGGUGAGGGCGGUGGGAAGAGGGAAGAGGGUGAGCGUGCGAGGAGGAGGAGUGCACGGCUCAGGAGGGCGGAGGUGGGCGGUGCAGAGGAUGAGAGGCAGGGGGAGGGGGGGGUGGCGGAAGGGGAGAGGCAGAGGAAGGAGCGGGUGGUGCAGCAUGCAGUGCGUGUGCUCAAGACCGUGUUUGGCCGCCGCAACGUGCCCAAACCCAAGGCCGCCGCUGUCACCUUCUGGGGCACGGAUCCCUACAGGUAUGCCGUGCUGUUCCCCUUCCUCCUCCACGCAUCAUUCGUACUUUUCAAACCGCUCUUCUCCACCCCUCCCCCUUUUUUCCACCCGAUCCCUCCCGCUCACCCCCGUUUUGAAUUCUGCACUCCUGUCCUCAUCCCUCGCUUCCCUUGUGACCUUUGCCUCCUCAUUCUCCCGGCCAGCCGCGGGGCAUACUCAUACGUGCCGGUGGGGGCGUCAGGGCGCGACUACGAUCUGCUGGCGCGGCCGGUGCGAGCGCGCGUGUUCUUCGCAGGCGAGGCCACGAGCAGGGAGCACCCCGACACCGUGGGCGGCGCCAUGCUCAGCGGUAGGCGCGAGGCCGUGAGGAUCGCAGGCGUGCUGCAGGGGGAGGGCGAUGUGUGGGAGCAGGCUGAGGCGGCUGCUGCUGCUGUGGCGCAUAGGCAGACGGACGAGGAGCGAGAGGAGGUGCAGUGGGUAAGGGAAGUGCUGGGGGCCGCGGAGAGAGGGGGGAGAGGAGGUUGGGAGUGGGGGGAUGGGGUGGAAACGAAGGGAGUGGAGGAAGGAGCGGAUGGAGAGAGGGGAGAGGAAAGGGAUGUGGGGGAUGGGGGUGAUGACGAUGGUGGGAUAAGAAGAGGUGGCGGGUUGAGAAGAAGCAAUGGCGAUGCUGAUGGGGAGGAUGCAGGAGAAAAUGCUGGGAGGGAGGACACAUGGCAUGCGUGGUCGCACCUAGACAUAGGGCAUAGCGCAUGUGUGCAGGCGGAAGGGGAGGAGAGGACGAGGAGGGAGGGGCCUGGACGCAACGCAGGGGAUGGCAGAGGUGUUGAGCAUGUGAGGGCGGUGGGACAGGCGUGUGAGAGGGGUGCCGAGGUGUGCGGUGCGGUGGGCGGGGUGAGGGUGGCUGGGAAAGCGAACGGAGGUGUUGAGAAGGCUAGCAAUGAUGCGCCCACGAUUGGGGAGGCGAAGCAGGAGGGGGCGACUGCGGGAUUGGUGAGCGAGCAGCCGGGUUCAGGUGGCAUGGGGAAGGGUGAUGGAGUGGGUGCUGUGGUGCACGCGAAACAGGAGGGGGGCAAGGGAGGGGGUGCAAGAGGGGAGAAGGGCGGGGAGGAGGAGAGGGCGCUGAGGAGGCGAGAGACACGUGCAGAGCUGCGGCGAGGUGCGGCGCUGGCUGCUGUGCUGCGCAUGUCUGGCGGGCUGCGCAUGGGCGCGGCAGCAGCAGGCAGCGGCGUGGAGAGCCAGGGGAACGGGAAUGGCAGGCAUGGAGUGGGUGUGGAGAGGGAGGGGGGCGUGCACACGGUGGGGGGACGCGUGUUUGUGUGCCGCGAGCUGCUGCAGCUGCCCAGGAGGGUGCUGGAGGCCGUGGCGGGCAGCAGGGAGGGGCUCGAGCGAAUCAGCGAGUGGAUCGUGGAGUCCCUGCACUGCAGCUUGUCCCAGGUGCUCACUGCGUCUCUGCGCCUGCUGCUUGCUGCCGCCACCUGCCCGCGAUGCGUGCGCUCCUCAGGAGUGGCAGUGUGUGUGCGUGCGCUGCUGACCGUGCCACGUGUGGGCAGGGAGGUGCGGUCGCUGGCCGCGCGGCUCAUGCGCCUCUGGCACACGUUGGGCCACUUCCCUGCCCCCACCGCUGCUGCUGGCGGGCGCAGCGCUGCACUUGCAGGCACGGGGGAACGGGCAACGGGCGAGGGCCAGGAGAGGGGUGAGGCAGAGGCAAGAAGUGAUGGGGUGGAGGUGUGUGGAGCCGUGGGAGGAGGGUUGGCAGGGGGCAGCGCGAGAGAGGAGGACGCAGAGGGAAUGGAGGGAGGGACGGGAAGAGGAGGAGGGAGCAGGGUGGAAGGCGAGGGAGGGGAGCAGAUGACAGGGGUGGUGGAUGGCAGCCUGCAGGCAGAGGCUCGUGAUGGGUCGCAGGGAGGAGGGGCAAGGCAAGGGCAGGGAGCAAGUUGGGAAGAAGGGAGUGGAAUGAAGGAGGGAGGAGGGGCUGACAGGAUGAAUGGCGAGAGUUCUGGGGCGUUGGCAGCAGGUGAAGUGCAGGCAGGCCAGUCACCCAUGGCUGCUGCCCACCCAUCCGCAACAGCACCUGGCAGCAGUGACGCACCGCUAGCUGCUGCCACAGCAGCAGCAGCAGCAUCGCAGGGCAAGCAGCAGCAGGUUACUCGGUUGCGCAGCCAGCGGCAGUCGCCCCUGGCAGGUGGGGCGGCUGCAGCACAUGGGGCUGGCGGCGGCAUGGGGGGAAGCCGAGGCAGGACAUGGCAGCAGAGUAGGGGGGAGUGGGAGGGCGGAGCGAGUGGGCCUGGGCGAGUGAGAGGAAGGGUGCGGGCUGGGGCGUCAGCAUGGGCUUGGGCACGAGCGAGAGUCGGGGAGGAGGAGAGGACAUGGCCAGGCUUGGAUGGGAGUCUAAGGACGGGAGAGGAGGAAGAAGAGGAGGAGGAGGAGGAAGAGGAGGAAGAGGAGGAGGAGGAGGAGGAAGAGGAGGAGGAGGAGGAGGAAGAGGAGGAGGCAGUCCCAGGGCAGGCGAACGGGGUGGGGGGAGGCGCACACAAGAGGUUACGGGUGAUGCAGCGAGGCGGCAGUGCUGUGCCCCGUGGUGGUGGGGUGUCAUGGCAAGCCUGCCAUGUGAAUGGCGGAGAGAGAGGAGCGGGUGACAGUGGGAGUGAGGAGAAGCAGAGGGGCGUGAGUGGGAGUGGUGUGAGAACAAGGUCGCAGGCACAGGCGCGUGUGCAAACAGUGGGCAAGGGGGCGGGUGCAGGGUCACCAGGUGCAGCCGCCUCAGUUGGGGGUGGUGGGAGGGAAUCAUCUAUGCACAGUGGUGGGUCAGGCUUAGGCAAAGGUGGGGUGGGCGUUGGCAAACGCCGGGUUUCUGUGGCUGAGUACAGAGCAGCUGUUGAAGGGUAUGUGGCGUCCCUGGUGGGGCCACUGGGGGACAAGCAGAGGGUGACACGUCAGCAAGUGAGGGAGAUCAGUCGCAAGGCUACAGACGAGGUGAUGGAGAGUGUCCGAGAAGGGGGCGGUGCUAUGGACCCUGACGCCUACCUCACUUCGCACCUCAAGUCGACGAUUCGGGACACAGUAGACAAGUACAUGAAGGCGUACAUUGACUCUUCCACGGAUGGCAAAGAAUCAGGUUCGAUCAAGAGGAAAAGUGUACCCUAA